GAAGAAAACCGCUGCUCGCUUCUGGCCACCCGCUUCGUUUUUUAUGUCGCAUGGCGGCUUUGCUGCGCGAGGCUUCCUUCCUGACAGGGCGCUGGUCCUGGACGAGAUGCAGUCACAGGAAGACUUAGCCACCACUCACUGGGAUGCAGACGGAGUGAGAUGUCGCCAUGGAGUUUGCUUCAAGGUGAUCCAUCCUGAAGUCACAGAGACUCUGCCCUUCGUCUCCACCGAGCCGGCUGCACAGGCCAUGCGGCAGCUGCUGCUGGCCAUAGGCGUGCAGAGCCCUGUGCUCCUCAGCGGCCCCUCGGGGGUGGGGAAGACCACUUUCCUGCGACGAGCCGCGCAACUCAUGGGGCAGCACGAGCCGGUCUUUCUGUUCUGCGAUGAGCAGACCGACAUCAAAAUGCUGUUGGGCGCCUAUGUUUGCGGCCAGACGGUGGGGGAGUUCCUUUGGCGGCCUGGGGUGGUCACGGAAGCCCUGCAGAAGGGCAGAUGGCUGGUGCUGGAGGACGUGGACCGGGUGCCAGCAGAGGUGCUGGCCGCUCUGCUGCCCCUGGCAGAUUCUAGGCGCCUGGUGAUUCCAGAGAGAAAUCAGCGCAUCGAGGCACACCAGGACUUCCAGUUGUUCGGCACCUUCUCCUGCGGCUCGCAGCCUGUGCUGUGGACGGAGAGCGGCCCGGACAACGAGGCAGCUGCUGAUGCAGGCCUUCAUGAACCGAGGGCACGUGUGCCGGCGCUGGUGUCUGCUUGGACGAGGGUCUGGCUGGGACCACUGCGCGAGCAGGACCUGUCAAAGUUGCUGACUGGUCAUUACCCAGAGCUUGCGUCGAUCACGGAGCAGCUGCUAGCCUCGGCAGCGCUACUGCGGCAGCGGCAAGCCUUGGAAGGCCCAGCGGCUGCUCCGCGCGACAUCCUGCGCUGGUGCGCGCGCUUGCGCAACGCCAAGCUGGUCCUGAGCCCGAUCUUCACGGAGGAGAGCAGGUCCGUGCUGCUGCGGGAGGCGCUGCAGGUCCUGCUGGGCCGCGUGGCCGACGUGCGGCUGCGGCGCUCGUUUUUGGCGAGCCUGGCGCCUUUGUGGUCCUUGGACUCCGGCGUCGCCGAUGCGCUCUUGCAGGAGAGGCCAACGGUGAGCCUUUUGCCAGACGUGAAGCAGGUGCAAAUCGGGGACAUCCUCCUUCCGUUGGCGAAAGGCCGUGAGAAGGCCGGUGAGCCCUUCGCCUACACCUCCGUGCACGCGCGGGUCUUGCAGGCCUUGGCUUCGGCCAUUCGCAGCGAGGAGCCUGCGCUGUUGGUAGGUGACACGGGCACCGGCAAGACCUCGGUGGUGCAGCACGUGGGGCGUCUGCUGGGCCGCGAGGUUCUGGUGUACAACUUCAACGAGCAGAGCGAGAGCACGGAACUCAUCGGGGGAUUUCGCCCCGUGGACAACGUGAUGCAGCUGAUGUCGGAGCUCGUGGAGACAUUUUGCACCACCUUCGAGAAGUCCUUCUCAAGGCGCAAGAAUGCCAACGUUCUGGAGAAGAUCCGGGGGGACUUUCUGACACGGCGAUGGGCUGCCGUGCUGCACGGGAUUGGCAGCAUCAUCAGCAAGGCACAAGGCAAUCUCAGUGAUCCUGUGACGCAGGCCUCCAAGGGGGUGAAAAGCAUCCAUUUGGCAACAGAAUGGGAACGAGUAUGCUCUCUCCGUGCCAAAGCCACUUCGGUGGUGGCGGCCGGAUCGGCUCCAAAGUUUGAGUUCAAGGAGGGCUUGCUCGUUCAGGCGCUGCGCUCUGGCGCGUGGGUGGUCCUGGACGAGAUCAAUCUCGCGCCCUCGGACCUGCUUCAGCGGAUCCAGGGCUUGAUCGAGCGCUCGUCGGGGACGCACCUUGCCCUGCCGGAGUCGGGGGAUGAGCAUGUGGUGCCGCAUGCAGACUUCCGGCUCUUUGCCUGCAUGAAUCCGCCGCGCCUGCCGCCCCCGCCCAGUGACGAAGGGGAGGUUGCGGGCGACCUGCCCAUGGGAGCCAGAGCUGGACAGGCGGCUGGAAAGAAGGAGUUGCCUCCUGGCAUCCGCGGGCGCUUUACGGAGAUCUUUGUGGACGAGGUGCACACCUCCGAGGACCUGGGUCACAUCGUCCGCAGUUACUUGGAGCGGGAUCUUCCCAAUCCGCCCUGCGACGCCAUCGUAGGCUUCUACAAGCACGCUGCCCUGCUUUGUCGUCAGAGCUCCUUGCUGGAUGGCGCGGGGCGGGUCUCCUACUUCUCCUUGCGGAACCUCACAAGGGCGCUGCGCUUCGCCCUACGCCUGGCACGGCGUGCGCACCACGCCUUGCCGGCCAAGCAGGCGCUCGCGCAGGGCCUCGCGGUGGGCUUCGCGACCACCUUGGAUCUGGGGUCCUCCAAAGUGGUUGAGGACAUGAUCAAAGAGGCGCUAGGAGUCUCGCCCGUGCUCGGGGCAAAGGAUGGCGCGUCCUCCACCGCGGCGGUGAAAAUGGACGCUGACCAGGGCUGGAUCAACGUGGAAGGCUACUGGAUCAAGGCCGGUCCGCAGAAGGUGGACAUUGGUGCCGCCCACCAGGAUUUCGUGAUCACCACCUCGGUGAGGCGGAACCUGCAGAACAUCGCGCGGAUGCUGAGCGGGGGGCGGUUCCCCAUCCUACUGGAGGGCCCCACCUCCGCGGGGAAGACUUCUUUGGUGAAGUUCCUCGCGAAACUGACGGGCCACGAGUUCGUGCGCAUCAACAACCACGAGCAUACGGACCUGCAGGAGUACGUGGGCCAGUACGUGUGCGACCCGGACACAGGGCAGCUGGUGUUCCAGGAAGGCGUGCUGGUGCGCGCGGCGCGGGCGGGGCACUGGGUGGUGCUGGACGAGCUCAACUUGGCGCCCAGCGAAGUGCUGGAGGCGCUGAAUCGUCUGCUGGACGACAACCGUGAGCUCUACAUCCCGGAUACUGGGAACACGGUGAAGCCUCACGAGGAGUUUAUGGUCUUCGCCACGCAGAACCCGGCGGGCGCCAACUAUGGGGGCCGGAAGUCGCUCUCAAGGGCCUUCCGGAAUCGGUUCACGGAGCUCUUCGUGAGCGAGCUGCCCAUGGAGGAGUUGGCCGUAGUGCUGCACAAGAGAUGCCAGGUGCCGCCGUCCUACGUCAAAGUCAUGCUGGCGGUGUAUGCAGACCUGCAAUCCCACCGGAAUCAGAGCGCCGUGUUCUUGGGGAAGCAGAGCUUCAUGACGGUCCGCGACCUGCUGCGCUGGGGGCACCGGAAGCCGAACUCGUAUCUGGAGCUGGCGGUGGAAGGUUGGGCCUUGCUGGCUGAGAGGUUGCGCAAGAAGGAAGAGCGGGAGGUGGUGCGCACGUCCUUGCAGAAGCAUUGCGCUGGGGUGAAAGACUUGCAGGUGGACUACACGCAGGACGCCGUGGUCACGGACGCGCGGGCGCGGGUGGAGCAGAAGCUGCAGGCGGGGGAGCAGGUCCCCGGUGGCCUGGGGCAGGUGGUCUGGACGCCCGCCUUCUGCCGCAUGGUGGCCCUGAUCGGCCGCUGCGUGCGAGCCGGGGAGCCGGCCCUGCUGGUGGGAGAGACGGGGGGAGGAAAGACCAUGGCGUGCCAGCUGCUCUCGUGGGCCCUUGUGGAGGAAGGUCUGCCAGAGAGGCGCCUGCGGACUCUGAACUGCCACCAGCAGACGGAGACCUCCGACUUCAUAGGGUCUCUGCGCCCGGUCCGCGGCCGCGACGCCAUCUUCAGCGCCAUCACCGCCACGGCCCAAAACCUCGCGGCGCUGAUGGCGCGCGAAGCCGCCGGAGGUGGCGGAGCCGCACUGGAGAGGCUCCAGCGGGAGGUGAAGUCGGUCGCCGAAGGCAAGGGCAACCUGAAGCAUUUGGCCCAAGCGCUCCGCGUGGCUUUGGCCAAAGAGGAAAAUUCCGGCCCCCCGUCCAAGCGCCGGCGCCAGGAGGGCGGCUGGAUGGCAAUGGGGCGGCAGCUGCUGGGCUGCUGCGGGGACUACGAGCGGAUCUUCGAGUGGGCCGACGGCGCGCUGGUGGAGGCCAUGCGCUGCGGCGGCGCUUUCCUGGUGGACGAGAUCUCCUUGGCGGAGGACUCGGUGCUGGAGCGGCUGAACUCCGUGCUGGAGCCCGAGCACUUUCUGCUGCUGGCAGAAAAGCCGCUCACAGGGUCGGACCUGGAGGUGGUGCAGGCCCUCAGCAGCUUCCGGCUCUUCGCCACCAUGAACCCCGGGGGAGACUUCGGGAAGCGGGAGCUCUCCCCGGCGCUGCGGAACCGCUUCACGGAGAUCUGGGUGGAGCCCAUCGACUUCGCCACCAGAGAGGCAGAGCAGUUGGUCAGCAGCCAGCUGCCCAGCGAUCGCCUGGCCCGACAGCUGGCCCGGCCCAUGCUGAGUUGCGUCACCUGGUUCAAUGAGCGGGUGCUGCACCCCCUGAGCAUCCGGGAGGUCUUGGCUUGGUCCGCGUUCGUGCGGAACAGCGUCAAAGAUUCGGGCCUGGCUUCGGCGGUGGAGAUGUACCUGCACGGGGGGUGCAUGACGCUGGUGGAUAGCCUGGGCUUGGGCAACCAGCUGGUGGACACCCAGUGCCUCUCAGCGGUGGAGGAGGACGACGCGAACGCUGGAGGCCUUUCGAAGGCCCAGCGGGCGAUCCUGAGGCACUUGCUGCAGCUGGAGGCCUUCGAGCUGGGCUCUGAGGCCCGCGAGGAGCUCAAGGCAGCCUUCGGCCAGGGUGGCUUUGCAUGGGUGAAGCAGCGUGGAACAUCCGUGCAGGACGGCUUCCUGGAUUUUGGAGGCUUCAAAAUUUCAGUCGCCGACGUUGACAUGGAUGCAGGCGCGCCUUCCGGCGGCGACUUUGACUUCGGCGCGCCCGCGGCGGCGUGCAACGUGGGUCGCCUGGUGCGAGCCUUGCAGCAGCCCAAAGCCGUUCUACUGGAAGGCCCGCCUGGCCUGGGGAAGACGGCCACAGUGCAGGCCCUGGCCAGCAGCACCGGGCGGCGCCUGCUCCGCGUGAAUUUGUCGGAGCAGACUGACCUGCUGGACCUGCUCGGCUCCGAUCUGCCCAUGCCCGGCGAGGCUGCCACCUUCCGAUGGUGCGACGGCCCACUGCUGCGCGCCAUGCGCCAGGGGGACUGGGUGCUGCUGGAUGAGAUCAACCUGGCUCCGCAGGCCACUUUGGAGGGCCUGAAUGCGCUGCUGGACCAUCGGCGAGAAGUCUUCUUGCCGGCCAUCGGUCAGACCGUGGAAGCGCAUCCGGGGUUCAGGCUCUUCGCGGCGCAGAACCCCGUCACCACCGGAGGUGGGCGGAAGGGGCUGCCGCGGUCCUUCUUGAACCGCUUCACCCGGGUAGUGCUCUCGCAGCUGUCAUCUGCGGACUUGCGGCAUAUUUGCCGGCACGUGCAUGCCGCUGCGAUUGGGGAGGAGGUGGUCGACAAAGCCGUUCUCUUGGUGGAGGAGCUGCAAAAAGUAGCUCAAGGGAGUGAUGAAGGCGGGCCAUUUGAAGCGCACUUGGACUUUGACUGGAACCUCCGGGAUGCGCUUCGCCUCUGCGAACUGCUGCGUGCGAAAGUGCCACUGGCUCUGCAUUACGCCUCGGCCGAACUGCUUUUCGUUUCCCGCCUUCGAUGCGAGCGCGAUCAAGCCGUUGCGCGGCGGGUGAUCCGAAGGAUUUUCCCACCUCCGCAGCAUGAGGGGCCGAACGCCGACAUGGAGCGGGCGGCAGCGCUGCUGAGGGCCAGCUGCGGCCUGGAGGCCGCUGAGAGCCGCCCUUCGGGUGCCGAGAACCGACCAAGCCAGCCACACCUAUGCGUGGGUGCUCACAGUCUCCAAGAACGUGCCGAAGGCAUCCAGAUCGGGGCCGCGGUGCUGCAGCCCCUGCGGCCGGGGGAUCUCCGAAGCUGGGGCGGCCUGGAACACAUCCGGCACUGCCCGCACCUGGCGGCUUUGCCCAGCCAGUCGGGCAUCCUGCAUGCUAUGGCCCACGCGGUCUCAGAGUCCCUGAAGUGGCCGGUGCUGCUGGUGGGCGCGCCGGGCUCCGGAAAGCACAGCGUGGUGCGGUGGAUGGCGGCCAUGGCUCGCAUGCCACUGCAAGAGGUGCCGCUGACCCCGGCCAUGGACGCCAGCGAGCUGCUGGGCUGCUUCGAGCAGGUGGAUGCCAAAGGCCAGCUGCGGCACUGGGCGCACAAGGCCCACGUGCUGGCGCACAGCCGAUUGGCAGAGAAGGAGGAUCCGAAGUCGCGGGCCAUCUUGGAGGAGUGCCUCAGGCAAAGCUCACAGUUGGAGGCACUGGCGGAUGACAAGGUGGAGGUCACGGUGCUUCUGUCGCAAGCUGACGCUCUUCUGAAGCAGCUGAAGACCCAAGGCACGCCUGAGGAGCUCCAAGAUCUUGAGCAGCAGUUGGCGGAUGCCAGGUCGCGCAAGAGCGCUGCUCGCUUCGAGUGGGUGGAUGGACCGCUGGUGACGGCCAUGCUGGAGGGCAGCUGGGUGCUGCUCUCCCAUGCGGAGCAGGCCGCCCCGGCGGUGCUGGACCGCCUGAACUCCCUGCUGGAGCCCAACGGCUUCCUGAUGCUCACGGAGUCGGGAGAGGAGCGGCUGGUGUGGCCGCAUCCCGACUUCCGGGUCUUCUUUACCUUGACCACGGGGAGCUAUGCCUCCACGGUCUCCCGGGCCCUGCGGAACCGAUGCAUGGAGAUCUUCGUGUCCGAAGGCUCACGCCAGCCUCGCGAAGAGGAGGAGCCGAUGCUGGACAGGGUACUUCCUGCCUUCGCGUUCAUGGAUGAAGUUCUCACUGAGCUGACGGUGCAGUUGGAACCUUUGCCGGAGCUGAACUGGGUCCGAGAGGCGCUUUCCAAUCAGGCGCUCGCCUUCCUGGCGCCGCCUGCCUCGCUGGUGGACUCCGCGCGCGUGGCACUGGCCUGCGAGGCAGUGCCCGCAGAUGUAGCCCUGCACCUCGCCUCCUUGCACUGCCUGGCGCAAGCGCUUUGGCGGGGCUUCGGGGAGUCCCGAGGGCGCGCUGCAGAGGAGCCAGCGCGCGAUGCCUGGGCCGGCAGCUUGGGGGCUGGCAGCGGCUUUGACGUUGCCUUUCGCAGCGCUGUGCCGCGCUUCGUGGGCUUCAGCUUGACAGUGGGCAAGCUCAUGAAAGGUCAGCCUGAGACCCGCGACAAGUGUUCGGACCAUCCGCGGCGCCUCCGGAAAAAAAAAAAAGCUCGCGAUGACUCGCUGAAGAUCCCAUGGCUGAUGCCUCCCGCCGAAGCGGGAGACAUACAGCUGCAGCAGGCACACUUCCGGUCGCCGGUGGACUUGUUGCUCAGCUUGGUCAUCAGGCCUCCCCGCUGCCGGUAUCAGCCCGGCAAGCUGGGGCCCAUCACCUUUCGGAUCGGCGACAAGGGCCACGGGCGCCGGGAGGACCUGGUGGUGCAGAACGCUCGCGGCCAAGCGCUGCAGUGCUCGCUCUUCGAGGCGAUCCCUGAGCCCGGGGUCCCCACGGAGGAGACCUGGCCGCGGGAGCGGCCUUGUGCCACCUGGCAUUCAAGAAACCUGAGCCGCGAAGUGAUGCUCACGGUCAUCUUCCUCCACGGGAACUCCUCGUGCCGGCUGGAGGCUCUGCCCUUGCUGCCGCUGCUGCUGCCGCUGCGGGUCAGUUUGUUCUGCUUCGACUUCAGCGGAUCCGGGCUGUCUGAGGGGGACUACAUCUCCCUGGGCUGGUUCGAGCGGGAGGACCUGGCGGCCUGCGUGGAGCUGCUGCGCCGCUCCGGGCGCGUGAGCCGCGUGGCGCUCUGGGGCCGCUCCAUGGGCGCCUUCACCGCGCCUCGCUCGUCCCACGGAGUGGAGAUGUUUUUGGUCAAUUGA